UAGAGGCCAUGUUGGGUCGCUUCCUGUAAGUUUAGUGAAGGAGCCGCAGGGAGACUCGACGCCAGGAGAAGAAGUGACGAUCCGACUCUGAGCCUCAGGAUGAACAUGAGCAGGCUGCUGCUGCAGAGAGGAUCCAGAGCUCUGCUGCCCGGCUCCUCCUUCACGGUGCAGAGCUGCCUGCUCUCCACACAGCCUGUGCCUGCAGCCCGGCUGCCCUGCCGAGUGAAGGUGUCUGCUGGGAAACGCUACGCCUGGUGUGCCUGUGGACACAGUAAGAAACAGCCUUUCUGUGAUGGAGCUCACAGGACGGCCGCACCCAGCAUCGCUCCUCUACGUUUCACCCCUGAAAAAGACGGGACCCUCAUGCUGUGUGCCUGUAAGCAAACCAAAAACGCUCCGUACUGCGAUGGCUCACACUUCAAGCUCAUCUACCGGGAUCUGGUGAAGUGGGUGAAAGGUGUGUUUAAAUGAGCGGCAGUCCACGGGUGUGUCCCUGUGAAGGAAUCAAACGUUUGACUCGACGGAAUCAUGUAAUUCAGAGUUAUCAGGGUAAAGCUCAUUAUUGUUGAUAUUGUGCAUGCCAUUAUUUUGCUGUGGAGAUGUGAAAGUAAGAUAUUAAACUGAUAUUGGAGCAGCUUCGGCUCAUGGGUUAGCGCGGCCGUCCUCUAAGAAGAAGUUUGGCGGUUCGAUCCAAGUGUCCUUUGGCAAGAUGUAAAAUUGUACUGUAAAGCGCUUCGAGUGGUCAUCCGAACUAUACAAGCACUAUUUAAAUAAAGACCAUUUACCAUAGCUUUCACUGAUUUAUCAUCUUCUGAAAUUUGCAUUUUUAUUACGUAUUUUGUUUAUUCUUAUACAAAUGUACACUAUAUGUAUAUAAAACUGUUGGUGGGUCCGUGUGAUAACGCUGUUGAUGCUGAAGCAGUGACCGUCACCUUGAAUAGGAACACUGAUGUCAUCAGUCCCAUCAGCCUCCUCACAUUAUCAUUUUAUAAAGACCUGACACUUUGUAUCCAUGUUUUUCAAAAUAUAUUAAAGGAAUAUUUUUUUUAAA